CAAACAUUUUUUUAUGUUUACUGUUUACCUAGUCAGUCGUAGUCGCUUCACAAAACAUAACAUGGUGAUUUUGAGCACAAAAAUCUACAAUGAAGUGGUUGAAUUUAUUCGAAACCACAACGGACUACCGGUAGAUGAAGAAGACGAUCUACGAAAGAGAUUUCCCAAUGUUUGCUUGGCUACAUUGUCAUCAAUAUUGUCUCGAGAAUGGCAGGAAAAGGUGAAAGCGAGACACUCAUUUAUAAAGGAUAGAACGAAAAAAAUUAUUCAGGAAUAUAAGACACAUACCAGUAGAGCUCAUCAACACGAUAUUCUAUUGAGAAUUGCUAUAAGAGAACGCUUCCCUCCAUACGGCCUCUGUCGGUUGAUAUUGAACGAGUACAAUUUUCCACAGCUGUCCACCCCACUGACUAAAUCUGAACUGAACGAAAUGCUGCGAAAUCCGACUCUCAUUCCGGACAGUUUAUUAGCGGUCAAUGUUAGCACCUGUCUUUACAAUGAUAUUCGUGACGGACCCAUACCAGAUGCAAUUCGGCAAUCGAUUGGAGAAGAAUAUGAACAUAAACUGAAACUGCUGGCCAAAGACGCUGGGUUACAUUUUUUCGAUGAGGAAGACCUACGACGUAUUGGCUUCGACAAGACACCCGAUCUGAAAUUGGCCGUACCUUGCUUGUAUAAAGGUACUGUGAUACAUUGGAUAGAAAGUAAGGCAUCGUUUGGAGACAUGGAAUCACAUAAGAAAUACGUCAGAGAUCAAUUGAUUAGCUACGGAAACAGAUUCGGUGCAGGAAUUGUUAUCUAUUGGUUCGGCUUCUUGGAUCAGAUACUCGACUACAAGGACAAUGGGAACAAUAUUCACAUCUUAGACACUUUUCCAAAUAAAUCUGAUCUGGUUCUUCUGUGCUCCGAUGAAACAUCAGAAUAAUAAAUCGCCGGUGCUAAAACGUG